AUGACUCUAGUGGCCGGGGCACCCUUCGAGGAAGCCAGCACUUCGCAUGGGAGCAGCAGCAGCGGCAGUGGCAGCCGCAGCGGCAGCGGCAGCUGUAAAUCCUCAUCGACCACCAAAGCAGUCCAUAGCAGCAUCAACUACAGCAAUGGAAAGCAGUCUGGAUCAUCCUCAACCUCCAGCAGCUAUGCGGCCGGUGCUUCGGCCGGUGCCUCGUCGUUGGGGGCCUUUGGCCGUCAGCAUCAGCAGCCCACUCAGCAACAACUUUAUGCCUCCGGUGUGUCCAAGUUGCCAUUCUCGCCAUUCUUUGCCGCGUCGCCAUUCUUCUUCACCUACCGCCGGAUUAGCGGCGGUGGUGGCGCCGGCUCCGGAAGCGGCAAGCAGGAGGACAACAACAACAGCUGCAGCUACAACAAUGGCAGCAGCGGCGGCAGCAGCAGCAACUCCUCCUCGCUCAUGCAGGACUACGACCGCAAGUUCAGCCUGCUGAGCCUCUUCAAGAAUCCCUACAAGUUCAGUGACGGCCAAACGGCGAGGAAGACCUCCCCGCCGGGCGGCAGCUCCAGCAAGUCGGCGGUGGCCCCUGCCUGCUCCUCCUCAUCCUCCGCCAGCUGGAAGAGCUACGCUGGCUCGGGGUCGCCACACGCUGCCCUUAAUCCGGCCUUCGGCGGCAUGGCUCUGGGCGCCACGCGCAAGGACAACAGCAGCUUCAGCGGCAUCAACUUUGGCGGCGGAGCCUCCUCCUUUGCGCGAUCCACUUCCGCCGACGCGACGGCCAACGGCGGCUACAAUGAUCUCUCCAAGAACCGCAAGGUACACAAAUGCGACACCGAAGGCUGCGACAAGGUCUACACCAAAAGCUCGCACCUCAAGGCGCACAAGCGAACGCAUACGGGUGAGAAGCCGUAUGUGUGCACCUGGGAGGGCUGCAUCUGGCGCUUCGCCCGCUCCGACGAGCUGACCCGCCACUACCGCAAGCACACGGGCGUGAAGCCCUUCCGGUGUCAGCUCUGCACGAGGAGCUUCAGCCGCUCCGAUCAUCUGUCGCUGCACAUGCGCCGCCACUGAGCAGAAGGGCAGAAGGGCAGAAGGGAAUGAGGAUUGUGACUGCCGAUCUGGCCAUACAUAUAUACAUAUAGUGCAUACAAAACAUAUCUAUAUAGACGCCGAGAAUACUCAUCGAAGGUGCUGCUCGCUCUUGACUAUUUAUAUUCACACACGAAUCGCUUUCCAUUGUUCAUUAACUGAGACCAGAUUUUACACAUUUUCCAUAUUGCCUAAGUAGCUCAAUUUAGUGGUAAGCGGGCUCAAAGCCCAAUCUAUUUAUAGGGUAUCCAUAGUUCUAGAGCUGAAGAAUUUGUAAAAUUCAUUCACGUAUUCACAACCCAGAGACAAUUGCCUUCAGAAGCCAAGUUACGAAUGGAUUUGUAAACCUACUACUCGUACACACAUAUGAAUACUCGUAGAACAUAUCCAUAUAAUCGUAGUUUCGUACGAUCAUACAGAUUAUAUAUACAGAUAGUUUUGGAUUGGUGCUAGCAACUUGCGUGUAUAUAUAUACAUACAUAUGUAGAUCUAGAUAUACUU